CCGGCCCCGGCCGCACCGUCAAAGCCGAGGUUGCAGCGCCGGCAGAUCAAGAUCCCGGCUGGAAGACGAGACCCGCGGGGAGCUGACUCUCAAAGAAAGAUUUGGAUGCUGGGAACUCGUUUGCGAAGCAAUUGCAGAAAGGACCAGUAAGGACGAAGGAACUUAAAGGAACGGAGAACAGGAUGCUGCCCAUCAUGCACCACCUGCUGGACCUCCUGGGGCUGGAAAAGACAGCGUUCCGCGCCUACGCCGUGUCCGCGCUCCUCCUCUUGCUGCUCUUCUCCUUCUUCCGCCUGCUGCUGCAGUUCCUGCGCGUCUGCUGGGCCUUCCACGUCACCUGCCGCCGCCUGCGCUGCUUCCGCCAGCCACCGGGGAAGAACUGGCUGAUGGGUCACCUGGGCAUGUACCUUCCAAAUGAGAAGGGCCUGCGAGAUGAGAAGAAGGUGCUGGACACAAUGCAUGACGUGCUCCUGGUGUGGGCUGGGCCUGUCCUGCCAAUAUUGGUUCUGGUGCACCCUGAUUACAUCAAGCCUGUUCUGAGCGCCUCAGCUGCCAUCGCCCCCAAGGAUGAAUUUUUCUAUAGCUUCCUGAAGCCUUGGCUGGGGGACGGGCUUCUGAUUAGCAAAGGGGACAAGUGGAGCCGGCACCGGCGUAUGCUGACGCCUGCCUUCCACUUCGACAUUCUGAAGCCGUACAUGAAGAUCUUCAACCAGUGUGCCAACAUCAUGCAUGCGAAGUGGCGGCGGCACCUCGGGGAGAACUCAGUGGCCUCCUUUGAUAUGUUUGAGCACAUCAGCCUCAUGACCCUGGACAGUCUGCAGAAAUGCGUGUUCAGUUACAACAGCGACUGCCAGGAGAAAAUGAGCGAUUACAUAUCGGCCAUCAUUGAGCUGAGUGCCCUGGUCGUUCGGCGCCAGUAUCGCCUGCAUCACUACCUGAAUUUCGUCUACUACCUCUCAGCUGAUGGGCGGAGAUUCCGCCAGGCGUGUGACAUUGUGCACCGUUUCACCACCGAGGUCAUCCAGGAGCGGCGGAGGGCGCUGUGCCAGCAGGGGGAGGAGAUGUGGCUGAAGGCCAAGCAGGGCAAGACCUUGGACUUUAUUGAUGUGCUGCUCCUGGCGAAGGAUGAAGAUGGAAAGGAACUGUCCGAUGAGGACAUCCGAGCUGAGGCCGAUACCUUCAUGUUUGAGGGUCAUGACACAACAUCCAGUGGGCUGUCCUGGGCACUGUUCAACUUGGCGAAGUAUCCGGAGUACCAGGAGAAGUGCCGGGAAGAGAUCCAGGAAAUCAUGAAAGGCCGGGAGCUGGAGGAACUGGAGUGGGACGACCUGACGCAGUUGCCCUUCACCACCAUGUGCAUCAAAGAGAGCCUGCGCCAGUUCCCGCCGGUCACCCUGGUCACUCGCCGCUGCACUGAGGACAUCAAGCUCCCGGAUGGGCGCGUCAUCCCUAAAGGAAUCAUCUGCAUGGUCAACAUCUACGGGACCCACUACAACCCCACAGUGUGGCCAGACUCCAAGGUGUACAACCCUUACCGCUUUGACCCACUCAACCCGCAGCAGCGCUCCCCACUGGCCUACGUGCCUUUUUCUGCAGGACCCAGGAACUGCAUCGGACAGAGCUUCGCCAUGGCGGAGAUGCGCGUGGCCGUGGCACUCACGCUGCUGCGCUUCCGCCUGAGCGUGGACCGAACGCGCAAGGUGCGGCGGAAGCCGGAGCUCAUCCUACGCACGGAGAAUGGCAUCUGGCUCAACGUGGAGCCGCUGCCACCCUUGGGGGCCCAGGCCCCGCCCAGAGAGGCCCAGGCCCCGCCCCUGAGAGCCCAGGCCCCGCCUCCAAAGUACUGAGGGCCUAGACCGUGGCCCUAGAAGUCCAGGCUUGCUGGAGGAACGGGGUCCCUAGCUGAGCAGCCUGCUGGUGCUGGCCACGCCCCUCGAGGUAAAGCUCCGCCCCCUGAGUUCCGCACCUGCCCUCCCACUGGAGGGACUGAGUUUGGCCCCGCCCCCUUGGAGCUGGUGGAUUGAAUUCUCCCGGCACACCCCUGAGGGCCGGACUUUCUAGGCUUGCUCACUGAGCCUUUCAUGGCCCAAGAACCGCCUCUCGGACUCAAGAUCCGCCCCUCCCUGCUGGCUGGACCCAGCCUGGCUUCUAAAUUGAAGACUUGGAAGCUGGAGCCUGAGGUCAAAGCCGUGCACCCGGACAUCGCCUUUCACAGGUCUCCGCCUCACACGGACAGACUGUUCAGGCAUCAUCCCAGGCCUCCGGCUGUUUGCUUUUGUAGUUGUUUUGUAAACCCUGAAAGCCUCUUCCUACCUUCCCUGCUCACAGACCCUUUGCUAAGUGUUCUGAUUUUUGAAGAAUAAAAGCACAGGGUUGCUGAUGCCUCCUGUCUCCCACCCGCUGGCCCAGAACCUUAGGUCCGGAGCCAGGGUGGGAAGGGGGUGCUCUGGGCAGUUGGGAGGCUGUGCGCUAGGAGGCUGGGAAGCCGUUUGUAUUAGGACAUAAACUCAAAUGUUUGGGGAAAA